AUGUCGUUGAAAUUCCUGACUCCGAUUCCAAAACAACUAAAACGGGUAACGAUCCCGUGUGAGGGAAAAAUUAAAGUGGCCUCUCCUUCUGAGACAUUACAAAUAGAAUGCGAUGACGCACAAACUUGGAACGCUAAAUAUCAUUCUAAAAUCAUGGAAGAGAGUGUAGUCACCAACAGUUUGACACCUGUAAUCCAAAAUCAUAAAAUUGAAGUACUUGACGUAUUAGUGUUACCAAAAUGGCAACCUAAUAGUAAAAUACAAUGCAAGAGAAUUGUUCCCAAAGCUCAGUGUUUAACACCGGUGGUUGCCACAUCAUCUCUCGACCCAUCCACCCAUGUGAAAAUCGAA